CAUGCUUCCCUUCACAAUCUUCUUCACUGAGCCCUCCCUCUCAGCAAACCCAGCAGGCUGGAAACCUUAACGGUCUUUUACCGUGCGUAAAAACUAAAAACGAUUCCGCCAUUUUCACAAUUUCCUCGAGUCUUCGAAUCCUACUAUGGGUGACGGUCCCGAGGAAGCCCCUCCCAGCGACCCCGGGAAUGUGGAGGCUGCUCCGGGGACCGCCGACAGGGUCCAGGAGAGGGGGCAGUGGGCCAACAAAACCGAAUUUGUUCUGUCCAUGGCCGGAGAGAUCAUCGGCCUGGGCAACGUAUGGCGCUUCCCCUAUUUAUGCUAUAAGAACGGAGGAGGUGUGUUCUUCAUCCCCUACUUUGUGUUCCUCUUCUUCUGCGGGAUCCCCGUCUUCUUCCUGGAGACAUCCCUGGGCCAGUACACCAGCGAGGGCGGGGUCACUGCCUGGAGGAAAAUAUGCCCCAUGUUUGAGGGAAUAGGAAUCGCAUCACAGGUCAUUGUCCUCUACCUCAACAUCUACUACAUCGUGGUGUUGGCCUGGGCCAUUUUUUACCUCUUUAAUUCUUUUAAAAACCCGCUCCCCUGGUCAGCUUGCACCAACAGUUGGAACACAGCACACUGCCAGAACAGGAGCAUCAUGGGACAUGAGUCCGCCCUGUUCAACAUCACUAUGAACGAUUAUGAGUAUGAAAGACCUGACGUAGACAUGGUGACGCCCGAGGAGGAGUUUUGGAAUAUCCACGUGUUGGGGAAGACAGCCAGUCUGCAUGAGCCCCUGGGUCCUGUGCGCUGGGACCUGGCCCUCUGCCUGCUGCUGGCCUGGGUCAUCUGCUACUUCUGCAUCUGGAAGGGGGUCAAAUCCACCGGGAAGGUGGUCUACUUCACCGCGACGUUCCCGUACCUCAUGCUCUUCAUCCUGUUCGUGCGCGGGGUGUCCCUGCCGGGGGCCUGGGAGGGGGUGUCCUACUACCUGUACCCCGACAUCUCCAAGAUCUCCAGCCCCAGAGUGUGGUGCGAUGCAGGCACACAGGUCUUUUUCUCCUACGCCGUGUGCCAGGGGGUCCUCACUGCGCUGGGAAGCUACAACAAAUACAACAACGACUGCUACAGAGACUGCAUUGCGCUUUGCGUUCUCAACAGUGCCACCAGUAUCUUCGCUGGCUUCGCUGUGUUUUCCAUACUGGGCUUCAUGGCUCAUGAACUUGGCACGGACGUGGCUUCCAUCGUGUCCUCGGGUCCAGGUUUGGCCUUCAUCGCCUAUCCCAGAGCUCUGUCUCUGUUGCCAGGAGCUCAGUUUUGGUCUGUUCUCUUCUUUCUGAUGGUGCUCUUCCUGGGCCUGGAUAGCCAGUUUGUGUGUGUGGAGAGUCUGUGUACAGCUAUCACAGACAUGUUCCCCCAUGUGCUGCGGAAACCAGGAAGACGUGAGCUCCUGGUCCUGGGCAUCGCGGUCUCCUGCUUCCUCCUGGGGCUAAUGCUGGUCACCAACGGAGGAAUUCACAUAUUUUUGCUGAUUGACCAAUAUGGUCCAAGUGGGACCAGCCUGUUGUUUAUAGCCUGCUUUGAAACCCUUGUCAUUGGAUGGGUUUAUGGUGCAGACCGUUUCUAUGACAACAUACAGGACAUGAUUGGAUACCAGCCGUUUCCAGUGAUAAAGUACUGCUGGCUGUUUGUGACUCCAGUUAUUUGUUGUGUCACUUUGUCUUACAACCUGACGGAUGACUGGAGGAGGGGCACUUUACCUGGGCUGGAGCUCGGACUGGCUUCCCUGCUGAUGCUGCUGCCCAUGAUGUGCAUUCCUGCCUACAUCUUCGUGCACCUCUGUAAGAGUCCCCAUGACAUCACCUUGCCCUCCAGCGACCUGCCACAGGCGUGGCCCCAGAAGCCCCGCCUGACCUUGUGCGGGCGUGUCAUCUUCGAGGGACAGAAGGCUUCUCGCAGAGGGGCCGAGGAGGAGAAGCUGGUCGGGGAGCACACCAGUCGUUUGCAAAAAAAACUUUUCCGGCAGAGACUUUGUCAGAAGUCCUUUCGCCAGCCACCCGGAUGGCAGCCUGCUCUGCUAACUGUCCCAGUUCACCAGUGGAUUGUGCGUUCUCUUCAUGCUGCAGGAAAAGGAGGAUACAGUACCUCACUCACCACAUCUCCAAAGCCUGUAGGAAGCUUCUCCGACCGGCCCGUGUGGGCGGGAACUAGAGCGUGGGGGUGCCAGACGCGGCGGGCGGUCGGCGGCGACACUGUCCCAGGCCAGCGGGGCACCAUGGGAAAGACCGGGCUGGGCUCGGCGGAACCAGUCUCUCACACGGAGGUGAGGCGUGCCAUUCCCUUCGAGGCCCUGGACCACGCCCCCUCUGCCAACGCCAAAGAGGAAGUGCCGGACCGGGGCGCCUGGAAGGGCAAGUUCGACUUCCUGCUCUCCUGCGUCGGGUACGCCAUCGGGCUGGGCAACGUCUGGAGGUUUCCCUACCUGUGCGGCAAGAACGGAGGAGGUGCUUUUCUUAUACCAUACUUCCUGACCCUGGUGUUUGCUGGGAUACCUCUCUUCCUGCUGGAAACAGCCCUGGGCCAGUACACCUCAGUGGGGGGGCUGGGAGUAUGGAAACUCAUACCUAUGAUGAAAGGCGUUGGCUUGGCUGCGGUUGUGCUAUCUUUCUGGCUGAACGUCUACUAUAUAGUUAUUAUUGCCUGGGCUCUUUACUACCUUUUCAACUCAUUCAGAAAGGAGCUCCCUUGGCAGAGCUGUGGCCACACGUGGAACACGGACAGCUGCUUCUCCAACUACAGCCUGACGGACACCACCAACCUGACCAGCGCCGUCACCGAGUUCUGGGUGAGGAACAUGCACCAGAUGUCCAGCGGGCUGGAGGAGCCGGGGGAGCUGCGCUGGCCCCUGGCCGGCACUCUGGCCCUGGCCUGGGUCCUGGUCUACUUCUCCAUCUGGAAGGGAGUGGAGUGGACCGGCAAGGUGGUGUACUUCUCGGCCACGUACCCUUACUUCAUGCUCUUCAUCCUGUUUUUCCGUGGGGUCACCCUCCCCGGGGCGAAAGAGGGGAUCCUCUUCUACAUCACGCCUGACUUCAACAAGCUCAUCAAAUCCGAGGUGUGGCUGGACGCCGCCACUCAGAUCUUCUUCUCGUACGGCCUGGGGCUGGGCUCGCUGAUCGCCCUGGGGAGCUACAACAGCUUCAACAACAACGUGUACAAGGACUCCAUCAUCGUCUGCUGCAUCAACUCCUUCACCAGCAUGUUCGCCGGCUUCGUCAUCUUCUCCAUCGUGGGCUUCAUGUCGCACAUCACCAAGAAGCCCAUCCAGGAGCUGGCGGCCUCAGGUCCUGGCUUGGCGUUCCUGGCCUACCCCCAGGCAGUCACCCAGCUGCCCAUGUCCUCUCUCUGGGCCAUUCUCUUCUUCUCCAUGCUGCUGAUGCUGGGCCUGGACAGCCAGUUCUGCACAGUAGAGGGCUUCAUCACCGCUCUGAUGGACGAGUACCCCACGGUGCUGAGGAAGAGGAAGAAGCUCUUCAUCCUGAUUGUGUGCGCACUGUCUUUCCUCGUUGGAUUAUCCAACAUCACCCAGGGUGGCCUGUACGUCUUCAAGCUGUUCGACUAUUACUCUGCAAGUGGGAUGUGUCUUCUGUUCCUCAUCUUCUUUGAGACCAUAUCCAUAUCCUGGCUUUACGGGGCAGAAAAGUUCUACAAGAAUAUUGAGGAGAUGAUUGGCUACAGACCCUGCAUCUGGUGGAAACUGUGCUGGAUAUAUUUCACUCCACUCAUCUGCCUGGGGGUGUUCACGUUCAGUGCCAUUGAGAUGACUCCGCUCACACUGGGGAAGUAUGUCUUCCCGACCUGGGGCCAGGGCAUCGGCUGGCUCAUGUCCCUCUCCUCCAUGGUGCUGAUCCCGGGGUACGCCAUCUACAUGCUCGUCACCACCAAAGGGAGCGUCCGACAGCGAUGGCACAAGAUGUCCCGACCCCGAGAGGACCUCGAACCUCAGGAGCGAAAUGAAGUCACGCACAAGACCUCACUGACUGAGAGCACCAUGGACGAUUCUGUCUGACUGGAGCGCAGUGCAUUCUGGGGACUGUAGGCAGACAUGAGCAUGAAAGUGGCAGCUUGUGUUCUUGGCCUGAGAAAAUAUUUUUAAAAAAACAGCAUUUUCAUAAAAUAUGAACCACAUAAGUGGAUCAGGACCCAUGAGUACAUUUGUGAAAGGUAAGGCUGGGUGUCUAGUGUAGACGGAAUGGAAGAUUCUCUCUUGUGAAUCAGGCUCUUUAUAUAUAUUAUUUAAGUCUAUAAAUCUGAAGGGAAAACUUGAUCUUUUUUUGUGAAGUUAGCCUUAAUAAAAUUGACAGCUCUGCUCAAGUGUUUCCCAGUGAUUGUGCAACUGUAUAUCUGUUCCCUCCUGUUUUAAUUCACCAUUUAACCCCUCACUGUCAUGAGAUAGAUACAAAUCUUAAACAGGUACUGAAAGACAGACAUUUCUAUUUUCCAAGCUUUUCUUGCUUGUUCCCCUCUGGACCGGCACAGUAAAAUGCCCCGGGUUAAUUCAACUCUAACAGUGUUUAUAUGAGUUCAAUAAGAACCAUAUGUACACUAUAAGACUCGAUUCAACACUGUACAUUUUACUGUGUGGGCCUCCAGGUUACCCACAAUGCAGCUUGGGUUACCUUUGACCCUUUCAUCUUUCACCACAUACCAGUUGUACAUUCCGUCUCCCAGGUGAUAAGCGGAAAUGUUAGAUGUAAAGGCCUCUGUUUUACUGUAAAUUACCUACAAAACACUCUAAGAAAUUAAUUUAUAUUUGGUUUAUCAUGAAAAGACCAUUUCACCUUUAUGUUUUAAAUGAAUUAUAUAUAUAUAUAUAUAUAUAUAUAUAUAUAUAGGGCAUUUACAACUUGUGGUUUAUUGUGGAUGUACGCAUGGCAUGUGAUGAUUUUAACCGGUUCUUAAAUCUAGAUGUGUUGGUUUCUGUAAAGUUGUACAUAUUUUUUGGUGAAUUCAAAUGUAUGAAACUAUUCAAUUUUAAUAAGAUGAUGAAAUUGCCAGAAUAUAUCCCUGUAACCAAGGUAACAGGAGACCUUUUGUGAAAAAACAUUUUUAAGCAGUAUAUUCCAUAAUAAUUAAGCGAUAUCAUCAAAAGUGAU